AUGGGAAAGAGCAAGAACACAGCAGGUAUCGCGAGGCUGCAGAGGUGGUGCAACGAUUUGGAAAGGGCUAUGCCGAUAGUCGCGUACUACAUGAAGCUGUAUACUGUGGAGAAGAUUCUGUCGGAGAGGGGCGAACAGGAGGUGCGCAGCGUAGCUGCGCAGCUGUUGGACCAGGUGGAGCUGUUCAAGAGGGAGGCUGUCGGCGAGGCGGCGGUGCUGGCGCUGAUCGAGGACCAGCAGAAGGCGAAGACGGUUGUUUUGAACUUUGCGUUGAAGAUGCACAACGGGAUCCUCGAGAAGCUGAGUCUUCUCGGCCACACGGAGGACGUGCGCACGGGGCUGUGGUGCAGCAUGGACUUGUUGCAGUGUAUUCUGCAUCUCUGGUCGCACGACGAGGACGUUCUCUCUGAGCAGGAGCGUGCGGAGUGCCAGCGGCGGGUCAAGCAUGUGAAGUACACCUUGGCGAGGGGGAAGCCAGAGGCGCCUCUGGCGCCUCUGGCACCGGAGGUCGCGGAUGACCAGGGACCUCCAGUGUUUGUUGAUGAGGAGCAACCCAUGAGCAGCAGCCCCAGCAGCAGCCCCGCUGCUGCUGCCGCCGCCCCCAACAUGCAAGCAGUCCUCGACCAAGAACAGAAAAUAUCCCAAGUCCAAAAACUGGCCAAAUACGCCAUCAGCGCCCUCAACUACGACGACAUCCCCACGGCCAAAGCGGAGCUGCAGGCCGCACUCGCGCUGCUCAACACCCUCUAG